AGUCAAUUCCUAAGUCAAUCGAAAGUUUUAGGUAGUUUGGUAAAGAUGUCAAAAAUACAGUUUCUAUUUCUUUUUAUUUGUGCAUUUUCGGUUUUAUUUUUAAGCGUAUGUGCAAAAUCAUUCAAUGGGUUGGAAGGCUAUAGAAAUGAAUCCCGUUUGUUGUCAGAAAAUGACCUUGACUUUGAUAUGCUGUUGUUUAUACAAUCAUGGCCAACGGUAGCUUGUGUGAAAAAAAUGGAUGGAAAUACCGACUUUGAAUGUCUAUCGCCUCCGAAAAAUGAGACCUGGAUUAUUCAUGGGCUUAGGCCGUACAAGUUAUAUGGAAGCGGGCCAUUGCUUUGCGGCAACUCAUCAUCAUUCGAUCUUGAUUCCUUGAAGCCAUUUAUGGAUGAAUUGCUGCUAAACUGGUUCAAUUUGAAUAAAGCUAGUUCUUCUGAGCAGCUCUGGAGGCAUGAAUGGUUGAAAUAUGGAACAUGUUCCAAAAAACUUCCGGAUCUGGAUAGAGAAGCGAAAUACUUUGGUCAAGGUUUAAAAUGGUUUCAGCAAUACAAUGCUAAAGACUUACUAUCAAAAGCCAAUAUUAAGCCAGAUACACCGUACAAAUUCAUUGAUUUUUAUGAUGCCUUGAAAAAUAAAUUGAAAAUCAAUCCAAAAAUUGUGUGUCAUAGAAAACCGGACACUGGUGAACAAUAUCUGUCGGAAAUCGGAAUAUGUUUUGGCAAAACAUUAGAAUUGGUCGAUUGUAUGCAAUCAGAAAAUUUAACUAGCAAUACCACUGUAAUGACAGAUGAAAUUUUUACAAAUUGCAAUUACAAACAACCAGUUCUAUAUGCGAGCACAUUGCCAACAAGUUCUAACAGAUUAGAAAACCAUAGAAAUGAAUCCCAUUUGUUGUCAGGAAAUGAAUUUGACAUACUGAUGUUUAUGCAACAAUGGCCUACUGGAUACUGUAUUAACAAUAAUGAGUGCAUACCACCACCUGAUAAUGAGACUUGGGGAAUUCAUGGGAUUUGGCCGAACAAUCUGGACGGAAGUCAUCCAUCAUUUUGCAGCGAUUCAUCUUCAUUUGAUAUUGAAUCUUUAAAACCAUUUAUGGACCAAUUGAAACAAAGCUGGUUUAAUUUGAUGAGUGGAUCAUCUGAAGAAAUUUUUUGGCGACAUGAGUGGUUAAAGCAUGGAACAUGUGCUGUAAGUCUUCCGGAACUGAAUACAGAAGCGAAAUAUUUUGGACAAGCUUUAAAAUGGUUCCAAAAAUACCAUAUUAAAAAUUUACUCUCGCAAGCCAAUAUUAAGCCUGGCACAGACUACAAUAUUAUUGAUAUUCAUAAUGCACUGAAAAAUCAAUUGAAUAUUAAAGCAGUAAUACGUUGUUAUUGGAAUAAAGACAAUAGUAAACAAUAUCUGUCGGAAAUCGGAAUAUGUUUUAGCAAAACAUUAGAAUUGGUCGAUUGUAUGCAAUCAGACAAUUUAACUAGCAAUACCACUGUAAUGACAGAUGAAAUUUUUACAAAUUGCAAUGACAAACAACCAGUUCUAUAUGCGAAAGAGGUGUAAUGCGCUCAAUAAGCGUAAUGCUUUGUUUGCCGAACUUCGUAUAGACAGUGCCAUCUAUAUAUAGAAUGGGAUAUUAUUUCACAAGUUUGAGAAUGAGCGCAUAUGUUAUUCCAAAAAUUGUUGAAAAAUAAUUUAAUAAAUUGUUUCAUUUUUUUGUUUUGAAAGUGAAGUUAGCACAA